AUGAACGGAUCCAAAACUAAGCUUAUCAACGGCAGUGAUAAGACGACAAAAACAGGGCGAAAAGAGCCUUCGAAUGGCUCAAAAACUACAGACAAGAAGCAGCAUUCACCUUUCAAAAGCAUAAAGAAUACUCUGUUACUCAGGAAUCACAAGCAUAGGAAAAGUGAACCCAAGCCGAGCGCCUCGGAACCCGAUUACCCCAAACUGCGAAAUCAGUCUGCGAUUAAUGAUUUGCUAAAAGAAAGGCCUACUCCAAAAGGCCAACAGCGACUGUCUGCGCAAAGAGUGACACUUUUCAAAUACAAUCAUGUGAAGGUCAUGAAUUCUGUGGCCCAUGGUCACCGAAGUAGCUCGGAGUCGUCUUCCUCUUCAACUGUAACCUCACAAUCUACUGUUCUCCGACGCCUCGAUUCGAAUGAUGUUACAACUGGAAGCACCAAAGCUAGGCGGGAAACGUGUUUGAUGUCCGACGGCCCUUUGGAAAUCUACCAGAUCAUUACUCAAAAUGUGAAAGCACCUGCUCAAAAAAUGGCAUAUCUGUGUUUAGGACGUAAAGACAACAUACUCCAUCCAAUACUGCCGAAGUUGCAAAUCACGAAACUCGGUUGUCCAGAAUUCAAAAUCUCCAUUUUGCUGCUCAACCCAGAGCGUUACUGGAUCAUAGAAUUCUUGCCUGAACCUGGGCUGGCCCAGGUCUAUGACACAAUAACAAAAGAUUUCGAAUCCAUGAUAAGCAGCGUAUGCUCUUAUAAGGUCGAACCAAAUUUGAAGAUUUUCCCAGCACAAGCAAAUACCCUGCAAAGUUCACUCAACCAACAUAGUGAUCCAUUGGAGAGUGAUGAAAGUGAUUUAGAGUACCUGCUUGAAGAUCUAGAGAGCUUUUCUGACAAUACAAACACCACAAGCGACAACGAAUCCCGAGAUGAAGAGCAAACAAUAAAUGACGCUUUUAGAAAAGCGCUUCGUAACAUAGUCGUAGCUUCAGACAACUCCGAAACUUUAAAUGGCUUCAACAGCAAGAGGUUGAACUCGUAUCAUGGUACGCUGCUAACGUCCAGGUUUGGACCUAGGUCACCAAUAGUGCGGUCUAUAUCGGUACCUAUGCGCCUUCAAGUGUUUAAUAAUGAUAGCUCUCCCUUGAGUCUCGGAACAUGGAUGGAUAUUAGCUCUGAAGAUCUGACGGAAAAAUAG